AUGGAUGAGGUCAGGGCUAAUGGCUCCGCGGGCGAGUCGUCUGCUGCUGCUGGUGGACUCCAGGACACUGCCUCUGCCUCUGCCUCAUCACACAGCGAAUCCAGCGCUGGGGUGAAACGGUCAAGGGCUGAUGAUGGACAACAAGAUGAGGUUGGCGAUGAUGGCUGGCACACUGUCGAACGUCGCCCCACCAAGAAAUCUAAAAAGACACCCAAGCCAGAAGGGACCAACUAUCCAUCCAUUACUUUUUCAAAUCAAGCGAGGCUCCAGUCCAAGGUCAACAUCAACCAGUUGAGGGACCUUGUCUUGUAUAUCAUGGCUGACGGCACAGCUCCUCAAUGGGUUUCGGUCAAGCACAGGCCACAGUUCAGAAAGAUUGUCACUGUACUUGUACCUGGGCUGGAGGAGGCUAUGUUCAAGCAGAACGUGGACUUCUCCAUCUACAACACCAAAACGCCCGCCCAAGCGGUCGAGCGGCUGGUGACAUCACCUGAUGACUAUUACCCCCGUCCUCUUUCAGGAGAUAAGCUGCCAGAAGCUCUCAAGCCAUUUGCUGCCAUGUUUCCCCACCUUUGGCCGGUGAGAGCCACUGGCGACGACAAGCAGGGCCGCUUGCAUUCUCCCAUUGUCACCUUUCUUACAGCGCCUGCUCCAAAGAGUGCUGAGGACAAGGGGAAGAAGGGCCCUAAGCCAGUCAGAGAUCCACAGGGCUGGCAGAACGUGAGGACUCGCAUCACAGAAUUCAUCUUAACGCCAGAGCAAUACGUCGAAAAUGGAUUCUCUGUCCACCCAUGCCUCCUGCCAGACCAGAAACGCGAAGCCUUCACAGACCCGGAAGGCUGGACUCAUACUCAAGUGGACAAGUUUGAGGAUGGCGAUGUGCCUGAAAAUGAAGUGCAGCAGGGCAGCGUCACUGCGGGGCGCGAGGUCUUGGCCAUAGACUGCGAGAUGUGUAUGACCGGAGAGAAGGAAUUCUCCCUCACACGGAUCAGUGUUGUCAACUGGGACGGCACAGUGGUCCUCGACGAGCUUGUCAAGCCAGACAAGCCUAUCAUAGACUACGUUACGAGGUUCUCAGGCAUCACUAAAGAAAUGAUCGACCCGGUGACGACAACCCUAGCUGAUAUACAACGACGCCUGGUCGAUCUGAUCACCCCACGGACGAUUCUUGUCGGUCAUUCUCUCGACUCAGACAUGAAAGCCCUCAAGAUGACACAUCCCUUUAUCGUCGACACCUCAGUCAUCUUCCCCCACCCCAAGGGCCAGCCGUUCAAGCACUCUUUGAAGUGGCUCGCUCAAAAGUACCUCAACCGUGAGGUGCAAAAGGGUGACAAUACCAGCAGUGGCCACGACAGUAUCGAAGAUGCUAGAACGUGCCUGGAUCUGGUAAAGAAGAAGUGUGAGAAAGGCAAAGCUUGGGCCGCAGGUGAGGCAUCAGGCGAGAACCUCUUCAAGCGCCUGGCCCGCUCUGGUGUCAGCUACAAAGCUCAAGGGGGACAGAAUGCUGUAGGGGGCGCUCCGACGGGCAAGUCCACCGCGGCCGUCGAUUGGGGUGAUGCCAAGCGCAGUGUUGCAAAUCUAGCGGAUAUUGUGUUGGACGGCUGCAACAGUGAUGCGGACGUGGAGCAGGGAAUACUCCGCGCAGUGAAAGGAGAUCCAGAUGGCGCGGUGGUCAAGGGAGGAGGUGUGGACUUCGUCUGGGCGAGGAUGCGCGAGCUCGAGGCUCUCCAGGGCUGGUGGAACCGCGCCAAAACGGAUGCCGACGACGCCGCGGGGCCACCCAAAGAACUUGAAGAAGCGCACGCAGCCUCAAAGAACAACCCAUUCGCAACCAAGCCCGGCACAGACUCACAAGACUCCGUAUUCGCCAACGCCGUCCUCGACAUGAAUAGCCUAGCAGCGCCGGAAAGUGAGCCAGAGGCCAACAAGCCGCGUGAGAAGCCGGUUCUCGAAACCUGCCUCAACAGCCUUGCAGCGAGGCUGAAGCGCAUCCACGACGCACUCCCGCCGUGCACCGCCUUCAUCGUGCUCAGCGGCAGCGGUGACCCGCGCGAGAUGAGCCGGUUGCAGGCCAUGCACGCCCAGUGGAAGCGGGAGUACAACACGCCGGGCUCCAAGUGGGACCAGCUCAGUGUCAAGUGGACGGACCGCGAGGAGCAGGCCCUCAAGAAGGCGGCGCAGAAGGCGAGGAAUGGCAUCGCGUUCAUUGGCGUGAAAUGA